AUGCCCUCGGUCUCGUCCGGUCUGCUCGGCGGCGACAACUGGGACGAGGCAAAGCUCGCCGCCGCCUCGUCCGACUCCGACUCCGAGGCCGCCUACCCGGGCCGCCGGCAGGCCUCGUGGAAGUCGGAGCCCGCCCGCAUCGUCAGCCGCCUCAGGUCCUGGCUGCGGCUAUCGUCCCACGGCGCUCAGAACCCGGGCCCGACUGCCUACCUGGACGGCCUGCGCGGCUUCGCGGCGCUCCUCGUCUACUGGCACCACCACGAGCUCUGGGUCCGCAACCCCUUCAUCUUCGAGAAUGCCUUUGGCUUCGAGGGCAACUUUUACUUUGCGACGCUGCCCGGCGUCCGCACCUUCUUCACCGGCGGCCACUACUCGGUGACCGUCUUCUUCGUCCUCUCGGGCUACGUCCUCUCCAUCAAGCCGCUGUCCCUCAUCGAGAAGGGCGACUUUGCCGGCCUCAGCGAGCAUCUGGCGUCGGCCCUUUUCAGGCGCUUCUUCCGGCUGUACCUGCCCCUCGUCGCCGUCGUCCUCGUCUAUGCGACGUCAUGGCAUCUCUUUGGGUACUGGGUCGACACGGGGACGAUCCCGCAGAGCACGUGGCUGGGUGAGAUGUGGGCGUUCUAUCUCGAAUUCAAGAACUUUAGCUUCAUCUUCAAGGAGGGUGGCGAGCCGUGGAUGACCUUUCACCGGCACAUCUGGUCCAUCCCCGUGGAGAUGAGGGGCUCCAUGAUCGUCUUCAGCUCGAUAUUGGCGCUGUCGCGAUGCACGCGCAAGGCCCGCGUCUGGUGCCUCGUCGGCCUCAUCUUUUACUUCCUCUACAUCGCCGACGGCUACUACGGCUCCAUGUUCCUCGCGGGCACGUUGCUGUGCUACUUUGACAUGCUGUCCAAGGCAGACCAGCUCCCGGCCAUCUUCGAACGCCUCAGCAAGUACAAGAUGUUCAUCGUCUACCACAUGCUGGCCAUCUCCAUCUACCUGGGCGGCGUCCCGAGCCACAACAACGACAUGGACCAAUUCGCCAGGAAUCGCGGCUGGUACUACCUGUCGCUGCUCAAGCCGCAGGCCGUCUUCGGCUACAAGUGGUUCUACCUCUUCUGGGCAGGGACGCUGCUGGUCGCGGCGGUGCCGCGCAUCACCUGGCUCAAGGCCUUCUUCGAGACGCGACCCUGCCAGUACCUGGGCCGCAUCUCGUACGCGCUGUACCUGGUUCACGGCCCCGUGCUGUGGACCAUCGGCAACAGGCUGUACAUGAUGGUCGGGUGGAAGACUGAGAAGCAGCUCGAGGCGAUUCCGCAGUGGGGGGACUGGUGGUCGCUGCCGCAGGUCGGGCCGACGGGGCUGGAGCCGGCGUUCCUGCUGCCGCAGCUGUUGCUGAUGCCGCUCACUCUUUGCCUGGCCGACUUUGUGACGAGGUCGGUGGACAAGCCGAGCGUUCGGUUCGCAAGCUGGCUGUACAGGUCGACACUGCCGGAGGCGCCGGGGAAGCACAACCGUGCAUAG